AAUUGGAAUUGUGAUUCAACUGCUAACAUAACAUUCCUAAUGUUGAUUGUUUUCUUUUAAUUGUUGUUUCUUAAUUUCGUUUGUAUUGUGGUAGUUAUUUUAAUUCUAUUCUUUUUUUGUCUAAUCUAAAUCUCUGUUGGCAAUUCCAAUUCUUUUCAACUGAGCUGUUAAUCGUCAUUCUUUAAAUUGAUUGUCAUUGAUUACUAGUCUUCUAUACAAGAUAUUCACCAAGAGGGAAUGAUUAACUUGGAGUUAAUUUUCAACUAAUUGCCGCUUGUUACAUUUCCACCUUCCACCGAUCAGAACGAUAUUCCAGAAAGUGAAUAAACUCAACCCUAAAUUUACGUAAUUCCAAGAAUUAAAUCAAAUCUUAAUUAAACAGGAUAAUUAAUUCACUGGUACAUGUAAUCAUGACUCUGGACAAAUCUGGCCUAAACAAUGUGAUCCACAAUAUUUACAAUCUCUGGUGUUUCAUUUGUCUUUACCUGUUGGGUGCUUAUUAUGUUAUCAUUGAAUUAAAUCGUAAAUUUGGUUUCAUUAACAAAGUGAAAACCUUUGAUGUGGAUACUGCAGUUACCUGUACCCUGGAAGGUAGAGUUGCCAUAAUAACCGGCGGUGGAAGAGGAAUCGGCUGGGAAACAGCUAAAAGUUUAAUCAAAAAAGGAUGUCAUGUUAUUGUUACCUCAUCAACUAAGCCGGGACCACAACUUGAUUCAUUAAAAGAAUCCCUGUCUCCACAAAUUGAUGGUUAUAUCGGUAAAUUGGAUAUCUGGCAUCUAGAAUUAUCAAGCCUUACAUCAGUCUUAGAAUUCAUUAGGAAAUUUAAAUCAUCGGGCCUUGGAUUAAAUCUUCUAAUCAAUAAUGCAGGAGUUAUGUUUGCUCCCUUUUCAUUGACAGAAGACGGUUUUGAAUCUCAUCUGUCCAUCAACUAUUUAGGCCAUUGUUUAUUAAUCUGGGCUUUCCUUCCUAUUCUCAAUGAAACUGGAUUUAAGAGUCGAAAUCUUUCUCGGAUAAUCAACGUUUCCUCCAGUACACAUUAUGCUCGUAAUUUACGGUUAGAUGAUCUAAACGGAUCUAAAAUGUAUUCACCUUAUCAUGCAUACGCUCAAUCAAAAUUGGCCCAGAUAAUGUUUACCUUUAAACUUCACCGUUACCUUAAUGAAAAGGGUUCUUAUGAUUUGGUAACUGUAAACAGUGUCCACCCUGGAGUGGCCAAGACUGCUCUCUAUGAGCAUGUUUGGUGGGUCCAAUUGUUUCCAGGUUUAGCUUCAAUGGUCUUCCGAACUCCCAAAGAAGGAGCUGAAACCGUUCUUUAUGCAUCCCUAUCACCCGAAAUCGAUGGUGUUGGCGGUAAAUACCUCGAAGAUUGUGCCAUUGUCCGUGCAUCUAAAUACUCUUACAAUGAAUCUAAACAAGAAGAACUUUGGUCAUUGACAAGAUCACUAUUAAAACCAUGGAUUGACCAAGUAGAAAAUAAUUCCAGUUAAUUUUCCGGUUUCCAAACACCACCAACAACAAAGAUCAAUUCCCGUCAAAGAAAAAAACAAAGUUUAACUCUCCCAAAUCCAUAGAUUUUUUCACCCUUGAAAAUUUACCUUAAUUGUGUUUCCAAAUUGUAUAACACAAAAUCACACACACUUAAACUAUUUAUUUACCCUUUCCUUUUGUAACAACCACCAAAUCAACAACAAUUAUCCUAAAACAAUUAAGCAAACAGCAAACUCUUGUCAUGUGAUUGUAAACAUUUACCAAUUUUUUAUAUAAUUAUUAUUAUUAUUAUCAAUUAAUAAUAAUUAAUGACUAUCAACUUAUUAAAUUCUCUCUGUUGAAAAUUGAAUAAUCAUCAAUCUUAAUUGAUUACAAUUAAAUUGUUCUCAGAACAAACAGAAAAAUGAAAAAAGGAUCGUAUUGAUUGUGCGUCGAUUCCUAAUGUUAAUCAGUCUCAGUUUCACCUUUUUGUUUGUUUACAUUUUUCUCUCAACUAUUAACCUAAUUGUGUUUUCUCUCACAAUUAAACCAGUGUCAUUUUACCCUUUUAAUUUAAUUGUGUUCCCAAUCACAAUCAACCAAAUGAUAAUGACAACAGUGGAAGAGCUUAAAAAUGAGAUAAUCCAUCUCAGAUUAGAAGCAAAUAUGAAUCGUAUCGCUGUUUCAAAAGCGAUUGAAGAGUUGAAACAAUAUUGUCUUGAGAACCAGGAAAAUGAUUUUCUGGUUUCUGGUUCCAUUUAUGAUGAGAAUCCAUUCCGAGAAUCUAAAACCUGUGGAAUUUUUUAAAUUAUUUCUCAUUUGGGUUAAUUGUUGGCUGACAAUUAAUUAUUUCCACAUAAACAAUGAUCACCAAUUGGCACCAUCACCACAACCCCAAUGAACAAUUAACGAUAAUUUGCUUUUUUUUCUCGUCAACACUUUAAUCACGUCCAAAUCAAACCAUCUCCACAAUUAACUAAUUGCAAUCAGUCAAUUGUUACUUUGUGUUAAUUUGAUCAACAACAACAACAACAACAACUGGAUUAAAAUUUUGAUUUUCUUGUCGUUGAUUAAAUUUACCAAUUUAACGAUUGAUUUUUAAUGUUUCCUUUUUCGUCAAUUGUUUAACUAAUUGUGAGAUUAAAUUGUAAUUUAAAAGCUUC